CUCAAACCCAAGGUUGCUUUACAAUUGUUGAAAUCUUAGUUAUAAACAAUAAUCGUAUGGAAAUAGUUCUACAGAAGCCCCUCCAGUGUCUGGAGAAUUUCCUGCAUAUUUGUGAUGGUGGGAAUGUAAAUAAGAGACAGCCAGAAUAUUGCUUGAUUAUAACUCCUUGUUCCUCUCAGGGAAAAAUGAUCAUUUUAUUAAACCUUAAAUACAUGAUUAUAUGCAUUCAGAGAAACAUAAACAGGUUAAUAGGGCUUAGCACAGUCUGCUGUAUCAGUGCCUUUGCCUUUGCCUUUUUACUCAUGAAAAGCUUGAACCUAUUAGCUAACUAUCAUUCCAACAUUUCUCCCAUCCAUGCUGCCUCCUUAGUCACGUCAGGGGCUAAUGGUUUAAACAGACAGGGCAGAGGACCUGUACUAUAUAUUGUAUCUCCAUUUAGCCCUGGGGAUUCAGGAGGAGAGAAGUCCUCUGUCUCAUCUGCAAACUUUUUCUCACUAAGGCUCGCCCCCUUUCCGUCUUCCUCCCCUGCCUUUCUCUGCCACCUCCACUCUCCCUCCCUUCUUCACACAUGCAUUUCAGCUGCAUUUUUCAAAAACAGCUGAAAGGGGGACUGAAAGCUGAAAGGACUCUUUAACAUUACACAAAAGAUUCAAACAUCAUCAUGGAUACAGAUGACUACCCUGAAUAUAAUGACCAUGAUAAUAUAAUGAACAGUUCAUCUGCAGCAUUAGUGCCCUCAACAGUGGCUCCAGCACACUGCACUGACGUGAUCUGUGUUUUACUGGCAAUAGCCAAUGUGAUUAUUAUGGCUCUUGGUAUUGCUGGAAAUGGUUUGGUGAUCUGCAUCGCAGGGUUUAAGAUAAAGAAAACAGUCAACACUGUCUGGUACCUCAGCCUCGCUGUGUCUGACUUCCUCUUCUGUGCCUUCCUGCCCUUCUCCAUUGCCUAUAAUGUUAAACGUGAAUGGGACUUUGGAUGCUUCAUGUGCAAGUUUACGUCUUUUAUCUUGUUCCUCAACAUGUUCAGCAGCAUCUUCCUCCUCCUCAUCAUUAGCGUGGAUCGCUGUGUUGCAGUUAUGUGUCCUGUAUGGGCACAAAACAAGCGCACCAUACGCAGGGCCUUGGUGAUGGUUGCACUAGCCUGGAUUAUCUCAGCAUUGCUUAGCUUGCCACCAGCCAUUUUCCGAGAUAUAACAAUAUCCAACUCAAAACAUGUCUGUUACUACAACUAUUCGCACGAUGAAGAACAUAUUGCUGUAGUGGUAUGCCGAUUCAUUUUUGGAUUUGUGAUCCCCUUACUGAUCAUCAUCAUCUGUUAUGUCCUCAUCACCCUAAAGCUGAAAAAUAACCAGAUGGCGAAGUCCAAUAAGCCAUUUAAGAUCAUGACAGCACUGAUAGCUGCUUUCUUCAUUUGCUGGAUGCCUUAUCACAUUUUUAACUUAUUGGAACUAAACCUAAAAUAUGCCUAUAUCCUCCCUAUCGGGCAAAAAUUUGGAAGCACUCUUGCCAACGCCAACAGUUUUAUGAACCCGUUGCUUUAUGCGUUCAUGGGAAAGGACUUAAAGAGUAAAUGUUGUGCACUUCUGUCUAAGAUUGAGAGCACAUUCGAGGAGGAAGGAACGUCUAUUACUAACUCAGGAGACGGCAAACUUUCAAGUACAGUCUAAAGUUGUCAGGCCUUUAAAGAAUUCCAUAUGAACAAAAAGAGGAAUUAAUUUCUGCUUCUUAACAGCCAGCUUAAUAACAGAGAACUAAAGAAAUACAAAUAAACAGCAUGUUGUAUAAUUCUGAAUAGUAAUCUCAAUGCAAAAUAAUCCUUGUUUUAAGAAAAUGUAUGUGGAAAGAAACAUUUACACAGAAUUACAUUUACUUCAGGUUAUGAAAUUUAUUUAUUUAAAUAAAUUACAUAAGGAAUAAAACAUGACUGGGUAUAAUAAAAAUAAGAAAAUAUAAAAGGAGAAAAAAAGAGAGAAUGGUUUGGGAAUGGUUUGUUUAUAUAGCUAUGGUUUUAUAGCUGUAAUAACGUAACAGCAGCUUUGUUUCACAGAUGUUCCACAGCAUUAGAUGUAAAUAUCAAUGGAUGUGAAAAGUAUGAUAUGUUUGUCUUUAAACGCAAAAAAGACUUGUCA